AUAAACCGUUCGUUGAGCGUAUGACAACAGAACUCAGAGAGUACUUCCUCACCAACACAACGGGCGAAGUCUCGGACUACACGGUGUGGUCCGCACAUAAAGCAGUGAUGAGGGGACAGUUCAUCAAACAAUCCGCGUACAUAAAAAGACGCCACCAAACCACCCUCCUGGACUGCCACAAGCAAAUAGCGAUAGCCACGGCCCAAAACAAAAAGACACCCACGCCAGCCCUAGCAGACAAAUUACGGGACCUGUACCAAGACCUUAACAACCUUAAUGCCCAAAAAAACAAGUACUUUUUGCACAGACUAAAAGCCACCACAUACCACCACAGUGGUAAAGCAUCUAAAUACUUAGCCAACAGGCUCAGGACAAAGCAGGCCGCAAAUAGAAUUCCAUACAUAAUAGGGCACACGGGAGACAAACUCAUGAACCCCAUGGACAUAGUACAGGAAUUUGCACACUUCUAUAAACAACUAUACAAUCUAGACUCAAGUGGCGGCGCUACUGCCCCAGACACACAAGCUAUAUGCAACUAUCUAC